UAAAUUGUUAUCGAUUAGUGUCUCAACAGCAUACUACGCAAAACAAGAUAACAGCUGUGAUUGCUUAAGUAGAAUCAAAACCAAGAACUUGUGCAUUUAAUUUGUAUAACUUGCAUUACUUCAACUAAAUAGCAGCUACCAUGUCGGAUGAUCUACCAGAUCAAUUCGAUUUAGUCGUUAUUGGCACAGGCUUCACGGAGUCUUGUAUUGCAGCUGCUGCCAGUCGCAUUGGCAAAACCGUGCUGCACAUCGAUCUAAAUGAAUACUACGGCGAUGUGUGGAGCUCUUUCAAUCUGGAUGCAUUAAACACGCUGCUGCAGCAGUCAAACACAAUGGUGCGCAAUGGACGCUUCACAUGGCAUGAUUCCUGUGAGGAAAGUGCGUCUUGGACACGGGAAAAACUGCUGGAGAAAUCACGUAGAUUCAGUUUGGACCUGUGCCCACGAGUGGCAUACUCGGCUGGCGAGCUAGUACAGUUAUUAAUCAAAUCCAACAUCUGUCGUUAUGCAGAAUUCCGUGCCUUGGAUCAUGUCUGCAUGUGGUAUAACAACGAACUUGUCUCAGUGCCUUGUUCGCGCAGCGAUGUCUUCAAUACCAAGACCCUGAGUAUUGUGGAGAAGCGGCUGUUGAUGAAGUUCCUAACUGCCUGCAACGACUAUGGCGAAGAUAAAUGCAAUGAGGACUCACUCGCUUUUCGAGGACGAACUUUUCUGGAAUAUUUGCAGGCACAACGAGUGACUGACAAGAUUGCCACCUGUGUUAUGCAGUCCAUUGCCAUGUGUACGCCCAACACCAGUUUUGAGGAAGGCAUGCAGCGCACCCAGCGUUUCUUGGGCAGCUUGGGUCGUUAUGGCAACACGCCUUUUCUGUUUCCCAUGUACGGAUGCGGCGAAUUGCCACAAUGCUUUUGCCGACUGUGCGCCGUUUAUGGCGGCAUCUAUUGUCUAAAACGUAGCGUUGAUCGCAUCACCGUGGAAGAUAGCACAAAUGAGUUGCUGCUAAGCAGUGCGGGCAAAACGCUGCGUGCCAAGCAAGUGGUCUGUGCACCCGGACAAGUUCCUUUGGGCCAGCUGCAGAGCGAGGUACGUGCUCAUAUCUCACGUGGUUUGCUGAUUGCCAGCAGUCCAUUGGGAGGCGAGGAUCUCAAUAAGGGUGGUGGAGGCGUCAACUUGCUGCGACUACUAACGCCCGAUGGACAACACGAAGCGUCCAUCAUCCAAUUAUCUCACUAUUCUGGCACCUGCCCCGAAGGACUUUAUAUAUUUCAUUUAACCACGUCCGCUAGCAGUGACGAUCCUGCUGCUGAUCUGGCGCCUUUCGUCGAGCUGCUCUUUGGAGCACAGACACCACAACAACUCAUCUAUAGCGCUUACUUUACUAUAGCUGCACCAGUUACCACAAAUGCUGCCUUUACCACGCCUAUUUACUGCACAGCGCCGCCCAGCUAUGAGCUGGACUAUGAUGCUGCCAUUGCCAAUGCUCGGGAAAUCUUUGGCAAGUUGUAUGUAGAUGCAGAGUUUUUACCCCGCGCUCCUGAUCCGGAGGAGAUAGUCGUCGAUGGCGAGGAUCCGAGUGCGUUAAAUGAGCACAGUCUGCCGGAUGACUUGCGCGCUCAGUUGCAUGAUUUGCAACAGGCAGCACAGGAUAUGGAUAUUGCUGAAUAGUCGUUCAUUUCUAUUGGAUAGCAGUUUCAUUAUCAUCACUUUAUUGUAAUCAAAAAAUAUGAAAUGAUUAGAAAUCUAUAUACACACUAAAAUAUCAUCAGAUACAUAUAUACUUUUGUUUGGACAAUUGAAAUUGUAUGCAGGACUAAUGUUUUUUAGUAUAAGUUUCAUUUUGCAUAUUUUGUUCUCUUUUUAUAUAUUUAUUGUGUAAAUUAUUUAUAUAAACUCU